UAUUUCUAGUCGUCUGUUCGAAAUUAAAAAGGAAGCAUUUGCUGAGUGCAUGAAUUCAUGACAUAACCCAGCAUUCCAAUUAUAAAGAAGGUUGUUUGCUGUUAUAUUUCAUGAAGAAAUGAGCCUUAACGAUAUCGAAACGGAAAAAAUUUCUGAGCUUUGUGAACUUAGUAAAGGUGCUCUUUCUAAUGCUUACUGCCCAUAUAGUAAAUUUUCAGUAGGUGCUGCAUUACUUACUGAAGAUGGUAGAUUUUUUACAGGUUGUAAUGUUGAAAAUGCUUCUUAUGGUCUCAGUGUAUGUGCAGAAAGAACUGUAAUUGUUAAAGCUGUCUCGGAAGGAUGCCGCAAGUUCAAAGCACUUGCUAUCGCAACCAGCUCUAAAAAUGAAGAAGUUAUAGGACCAUGUGGUGCAUGUCGACAGUUUAUAGUCGAAUUUGGAACAAACUGGAAUAUUUACUUAAUAAAAACUGAUGGAAGCUUUGUUAAACAUUCAGCUGCAGAGUUACUUCCUUUUGCAUUCACUCCUGAUUCUUUAUCCAAGGUGUGAUUUCUACUUACCAUCUUUGACUAGAACAGUUUUAUGUAGAUUAUUUUUACGACUUCACAGGUAUUAAAUGUUUUUAUUGUA